GAUGAAGAUGAAGAAGAAGAAGAGGAAAAGUUUUCAUAGGUGGGAGUGAGCAACAAUGAGUGAGGAAAACGAUAGUGGGGCGACAGUAUACUUUUUUAUUGUAAACAAUAUCAACAAUUCAAAAUACAGUGCCUGUUGUUCUAUCAACCAACAGUAAGUCGAGGGAUUCUCCCUUAUCUUUGCGAAGAAAGUAAUUUGUGUCGACCUUUGAGGUAUUCCCACCUUUCUGAAGGCAGAAGUGGGGGAUGGACGAGGUGCGGCCUACCAGCGGACUAGCAACCCCCAGCCUGGCGUCACUCUUCCCCCCGGGUCUGCAGGCAAUCUACGGGGAAUGCAGGCGCCUCUACCCCGACCAAGCCAACCCCUUACAAGUUACAGCCAUUGUAAAAUACUGGUUAGGAGGUCCUGAUCCAUUGGACUACAUCAGUAUGUACCGUAACAUGGGCUGUGCAGCGCAGGACGUACAGGAACACUGGCACUACGUCAGCUUCGGACUCAGUGACCUGUAUGGAGACAACAGAGUACAUGAGUUUACAGGCCAGGAAGGCUCCAGUGGCUUUGGCUUUGAGCUGACGUUCAGGCUGAAGAGAGAGGUGGGAGAGACAGCGCCUCCUACUUGGCCGGCUGAACUCAUGCAGGGCCUGGCCCGCUAUGUCUUCCAAUCAGAAAACACGUUUUGCAGUGGAGACCACAUAUCGUGGCACAGUCCCCUGGACAACAGUGAGUCUCGUAUCCAACACAUGCUGCUCACUGAAGACCCCCAGAUGACACCGGUCCACACCCCCUUCGGCCUGGUCAACUUCCUGCAGAUUGUGGGUGUGUGUACAGAAGAGUUGCAGGCGGCCCAGCAGUGGAACGGCCAAGGAAUACUGGAGCUGCUCCGAGGGGUCCAUGUUGCUGGAGGGCCCUGGUUGAUAACUGACAUGAGGAGAGGAGAGACUAUCUUUGACAUCGACCCUCAUUUACAACAGGAACGUGUGGACCAGGGUAUAGAGACCGAGGGCUCCAACCUGAGCGGCGUGAGCGCCAAGUGUGUGUGGGACGACCUCAGCCGACCGCCCGAGGACGAAGAGGACAGCCGCUCCAUCUGUAUAGGAUCUCAACCACGAAGACUGUCAGAAAAAGAUACAGAGCAGAUCAGAGAAGCCCUGAGAAAAGGACUGGAGUUCAACCCUAAAGCAGCACUACCCCCUAUCAACUCACAGAGACAAGGACAUGACAGGCCUCAACAAACAAUGGGCCAUUUGCAGAGCCAGCAGUAUCACAGGAGUCGUAAGGACAGUCUGGAGAGUGAGAGUUCAGCGACCAUCGUUCCUCACGAGCUAGUUCGUACCAGACAACUGGAGAGUGUUCAUCUGAAAUUCAACCAGGAGUCAGGAACACUGCUGCCCCUCUGUCUCAGGGGUCGUUUGCUCCAUGGUAGACACUUCACCUAUAAGAGUAUAAAUGGAGACACAGCCAUCACCUUCGUCUCCACUGGAGUAGAGGGGGCCUUUGCUACUGAGGAACACCCGUAUGCCGCACAUGGACCCUGGUUACAGAUAUUGCUGACUGAGGAGUUUGUUGAACAGAUGCUUGGAGAUCUAUCGGAGCUCAACACUCGAGAGGAGACCAAGUUACCGAAGGAAUACAGCUGGCCAGAGAAGAAACUGAAGAUCUCGGUCCUGCCUGACUCUGUGUUCGACAGCCCUCUGCAGUGAGAAUGGGACCCACUCCUCUCUUCAGAAUACUCUGGACCUGUUCACCUUUUAAAUGGGUUAUGUUUAUUAGGCCACAUCGUAGCAAAGCGUUUCGCAACAGAAGGCAAAAACACUUUUUUUUUUUCAGAUAGUACCUCCUGUAAGUUAUCUUCCGUUUUACUGAACACAACCAUGCUCUGGUCUGCCUUCUAUCCCCAGGGUGAGAACACCUGACCUAGCUACUGCAGGAUCUCUUUCUGUCACAUCUGCCUUUGACUGUAGACUGUUACUGCCUUUUCCGACCUACCCACCUUUCUACUGGUUUUUCAAACCUUUUAGAUAUGUCUGGAGAUGUUCCGGAAACCUGUUUCUCCAGAUAGCUGCCUUGCUAGAUGAGACAUAGUCACCAUGUCUUGUGAAUGGGUCAAAUGUCUAGUUAGGAUGUGACAUCCACUAGACUCAAGAAGUUUGUAGCACAGGCGAAGAUGCAGGGUCAGUUGGUUUAGUUUAAGGAUCUUGUUCUUUGGCUUUCUAGGGCCACAUUCCAUUUUAAGUGUUCUCUUUAAAAGUAGGCCCCUGGGCAAGAAAAGUUUGACCCUUGGCAUAGGCUUUCAUUUGGGAUGCAGACUCUGAAAAUCAAUCAAACCACAUAAUCCUCUCAUUCUAUUGUUUCCUCCGUCAAAUAUUUGUCCCCCGGUGCCAGGAGCCUGAUUAUUUUAUAGAGUAAUAUUUUGUUUAUGUACUGUUUUACCCUAUUCUAUAACUUUCUCAUGAAAUGUAUCUCUGAAGCUCUACAAUGACUGUUAACUACUAUUAGAGGAAAUAUUUGUGUUUGUAAGAGUUUAUAGGCCUGUGAGAGAGUGAAAUGUUGGAAAGCGUUUCAGAGAACUCCCCAUGUGUCCACAAAUAAAGUUAGUGACAUUUUCACUGAUGAACAGUUA